AUGUUUAUCACCAUUAUCCUACUGACUGUUGCUAUUUGUUUGAUCGUUACUUAUUUAUACAAAAUAAAGUCUUCCUAUGAUUAUUUUCAACGCCGAAACAUUUCUGGUCCAUCACCACAAUUCUUUUUCGGUCAUUAUUUAACACUGUGGAAUGUUCCAUUCUAUUCACGUCAACUUCAAAAAUGGACACAUCAAUAUGGCAAUAUUUAUGGUCUUUUUGAAGGAACACGUCCAGUGUAUGUUGUAUCUGACGUUGAUUUCUUACAGGAGGUUUUUGUUAAACAAUUUUCAUCGUUCCAUUCGCGUCGACGACCUUUUAUCACUCGUAUUUUAAAAGGCAAUCAAGCCCAUCUGUUUUCCGCUCAAGCGGAUCAGUGGAGACGCCAACGUCAUGUGAUCAAUCCGACGUUUUCAGCAGCAAAACUGAAAAUGAUGACACCGUUAAUCAAUCAAUGCAUUGAAUCAUUAAUAAAGAAAGUCAAUGAUAUGAAUGGCGCAGAUUUCAAUAUCUAUGCAUUAUACAAACGGAUGACUAUGGAUGUUAUAUGUCGUUGUGCAUUUGGUAUUGACGCUGAUAUGCAAAACGAUUUAGACAAUAUUUAUAUGAAAAAGUCGAUCGCUUGCUUUGAUAUCGAUGUAGAAAAACUGUCUAUUGUCAAAUUAUCGAACGUGAUGCCAUUUCUCAUUCCAUUCUUGACUCAAAUUUUCAAGUUUGGUCUAUUUGUUCAAAGAACGACUAAAAAAUGGUCAUCAAAUAUGCUAUCUGAAAAUGACGGCCUACCUGUAACCUGGCUGAUUGAACGAUUAGAAGAACUUCUUAAGCAACGGCUAUCUUCCGAAAGUAAGCGCACUGAUUUGCUUAAAUUAAUGUUGGAUGCAGCCACUGAAGAAGAAAUCAAGGAUGAUACAUCAGAAGAAUUGUCAUCGAAGAAACUACACUACAAUGAAGUCGUUCUCAACAUAUUAGUGUUUAUGCUCGCUGGCUUUGAAACCACCUCCAAUACUUUAGCAUUUGCAACAUUUUCCCUCGCAACAACGCCGCAUGUUCAAGAUAAACUGCAAAUGGAGAUCGACGAACUUUGGGAGGAUGGCAUCGAUAAGCUUGACUAUGAUACUGUAGCCAACAUGACAUAUUUGGAUAUGUUCGUACGGGAAGUUCUUCGGAUGUAUGGCAUAUCGAGUCAAGCGAUAACCCGAGAAUGUAAUACAUCAGUGAAUAUAUGUGGUCAUCAAAUUGAUAAAGGUUGCGUGAUUCUGCCGGAUGUUUAUUCUGUUCAUUACAAUGCUGAUCUUUGGGGACCGCAAGAUCCAAAUAUUUUCGAUCCCGAACGACAUUCAGUCAAGCGUCAUCCUCUUGCCUAUCUAGCAUUUGGUANUGUGGUCAUCAAAUUGAUAAAGGUUAGUUGCGUGAUUCUGCCGGAUGUUUAUUCUGUUCAUUACAAUGCUGAUCUUUGGGGACCGCAAGAUCCAAAUAUUUUCGAUCCCGAACGACAUUCAAUCAAGCGUCAUCCUCUUGCCUAUCUAGCAUUUGGUAUGGGACCUCGAAAUUGUGUGGGAAUGCGGUUUGCUCUGAUGGAAUUGAAAAUGUGCUUAGUACGUCUGUUGCGUUUGUAUACAGUUAAAGCUGGUGCAAAAUUCCAAGAAGGCAUGACUCUAACAGAAAAAUUCAUCAUUACACCAGAAGCUGUCAAUAUACGUUUAGAAAACAGACAUACAUAG